AUGAGUGCUGCCGAACACACAAAGGAAGACACCAUCGUCGACCUGCCCUUGACCGACAAGAUCUGCAUCAGAGACCUCUCCGUCCGCAACAUCAUUGGCGUCGACGCAUGGGAACGAUCCAAGCGACAGCCAAUCAUCAUCAACCUCGUGGUCUACACAAGCGUCUCCCAGGCCGGUGAUACCGACCACCUCCCCUACUCGAUCCAUUAUGGAAUUCUCUGCAAGACCGUCGAGGCCCACUCGGAAAAGUCAGAGUUCCGGUCAGUCGAGGCUCUCGCUGACUCAAUUGCCCGUGUUGUCAUCUCCAAGUGCCACGCGCCCAAGAUCACCGUCAGGAUCGACAAACCCCGUGCCCUCUUGCACGCUGCCUCCGCUGGAGUCGAGAUCACUCGCUCCCGUUCCGAUUACACCGAGGGAGAACUCAACGGUACUGUCCCUUGCCCCGUCCGCUUCAACCAACACGACAUCAUCUUUGUCAAGGAUCUGAAGCUGUCUUGCAUCAUUGGAGUCAACCCCUGGGAGCGUGAAGAGGAGCAGCUCGUCGUCUUGAACUUGCAGAUCUACCCCGGCAUGGACGGUACCCCCGACCGCAAGGCCGACUAUGUCUCCAACACCCACAACUACCGCACCAUUGUCAGGACCAUCACAAAGUACAUCGAGGCUUCCUCCUACAAGACUGUCGAGGCGUUUGUCACAUCUGUAGCGCGCAUUGCGAUCGAAAAGUGCCAUGUCAGCAAGAUCACUGUCAAGAUGGAGAAGCCCAGCGCUAUUGUUUUUGCAGGAUCAGCUGGAGUUGAGAUUACACGCGACAGGGCAUUCUUUGCUUCGGCAGCAGCUGCCAACAAGACCCAUACCCGAGGUGUUUCGUCGAUCUCGACCAUCCCUGGUUUCGGUAUUACUCCUCUGGCCAGCACCCUUCCAAAGCGCGGCCCUGUUCCUGACCAGCUCAGUCAUGAGGUCUACUUGGCCUUGGGUUCCAACCUGGGAGAUUCAGCUGCCAACUUGACAAACGCCCUCAAGAUGCUGGAGCAAGGCGACCGUGUUCGUGUCGUUGAUACUUCGUUCCUAUACGAGACCCCACCCAUGUAUGUCACGGACCAGCCACCUUUCCUCAAUGCCGCCUGCAAGAUCAAGACAGAUUUGGAACCAUUGGAGCUGUUGAAGAAGAUCAAGGAUAUUGAGGCAGAAAUGGGUCGCGACUUCAACACCAUCCGCAACGGACCCCGCCCCAUUGACAUUGACAUUCUUUUGUACGAUUCUAUCGAGUACAAGGACGAUGUCUUGACCAUUCCUCACAUUGCCAUGCAAGAGCGUGAAUUUGUCCUCCGACCCCUCUGCGAUAUCGCAAAGGAUGUGGAGCACCCCAAGUUGUAUCGCCACAUCAGCCAGCUAUUGUCGCAGUUGUUGUUAAAGCAGGAGGAAGCCAGCCCCGGUAGUGACAGCAAUAUCCACAAGUCAUUCCCUCUGCGUCACAAGAUUGUCCGCUGGGACGCCAAGACCCUAAUCAUGGGAAUCCUCAACACUACCCCUGACAGUUUCAGCGAUGGCGGUGACUACAGUACCGCAGAGGCAGCAGCUCUUCGUGCUCAGAAAUUGAUUGAUGAUGGCGCCGAUAUCAUUGACAUUGGAGGAAUGUCGACUCGUCCCAACUCUGAAGAGAUUUCCGAAGAGGAGGAAAUCCGUCGCGUUGUUCCUGUGAUCCAGCUGUUGCGCGCCAGAGGAUUCGAAGCACCCAUCUCGGUCGACACCUUCCGCGCUGUUGUUGCAGACAAGGCGAUUGAGGCAGGUGCUGAUCUGAUCAACGACGUCUCGGCCGGAAAGAGAGAUCCUGCUAUGUAUAGCGUCAUGGCUAAGUGGAAUGUUCCUGUCUGCUUGAUGCACAUGCGCGGUGACUCCAAGACCAUGAUGUCGCAGACGGAUUACGGCGCAAAGAACGACGUUGUUGGCGAGAUUGGCCGUGACCUCAGCAAGUCGAUCCAGCGCGCUAUUGCAGCUGGUGUGCACCGCUGGAACAUUAUCCCUGAUCCCGGUGUUGGUUUUUCCAAGGACAGCGAGCAGUCUCUCCAGGUCUUGCGUCGUCUUCCUGAGCUGACCCAGUCAGAGACGAGUCCCUUGGCCGGAUACCCUUGCCUGGUGGGUCCUUCAAGAAAGGCGUUCAUUGGACAUUUGACACAGCAGCCUGAUGCCACAAAGCGUGCGUGGGGCACAGCAGCAGCCUGUACGGCGUCGGUUGCAGGAGGAGCAGGUAUUGUCCGGGUACACGAUGUCAAGGAGAUCCGGGAUGUCAUCAAGGUCGCCGACGCCAUUUGGCGUGUGUAG